GUGCCGACAGGUGCGGAGCAGCCAGAAGGCAAGGCGGAUGCCCGUCUGCGCCGUUUCCGUCGCACGUGGCUGCGAGUGCUGAACGAUAUGUGAUGAAGAGCGUCUCCAGCCAGAAACGACUAGCUGGCGCGAGCCUCACCUUCCUCCGCUCAUCGGCGAUACCGUCGGAAACGACGACUCAGAUCACCAGCCAUCUGGCUCCGCCUCGUCCGACGCGUCCGUCUCGACUCAUGCGUCCCGCCCCACCUCGUCCACAUCGCUCUACUCGCGAGCUCUCUAUUCCUCUCUCUGUCGCUCCGACCCUGAGCUCGGCGAGCGAACCUUCGCGUCUCGAAGCCUCGCCGCUGUGCACACGCCCGGCCUCGUCCGCGCGGAGUCCCUCUGCCACAUAACUCACCCCUCGUCCCGUUCACCACCACGCCCAUACGGCCAUACGCCAGCUCCCUCCACUCCACUUCGCUACGACGCCCCAAAUCACUCUGUUCCACGAUGCGAGACCAUCG